AAGCGAGAAGACCGAGCUGGACCCAAACACCGAACACCUCCGGGUUUUUAUUUUUAUGUUUUAUUCAUCCUGUUAUCGUUUGAAUAUUUAAGCGGGUCUUUUUAAAAUGAGGACGUCCUGAUGAUGGAUUAUUUGGAGUAAAGAGUCCGAAUCAUCGAGAGGCUUUUCAGCAGCAGCUGGAGUGAAACAAAACCGUCCGAGAAGGAAGAUCCAGCGGCAUGUCGUCAGAAAAACACGGACUUGAUAAUUCUGGCUGUCAGACCAUGCAGCCGCCUCCGUACCGGCCAGGGCCCCCGGACCCCAACGCGCAGCAGCAUCCCAGCAUGCCCAUCGCUCCAGGAACUCAGCCCAGUUACCCGGCUCCGCCUCCUCCGCCCACUUCUGAGGGGUAUCACCAGGAAACCCAGUUCAAUUGUGGCUCCAUGGGGCCACCCGGAGCUCAACAGGGCUACACCGUCCAGACCCAGGGCUCCGGGGGCACCAUGCCGCACCCCUCUGUGGGGUACAUCCACCCAGGCUACCCCCUACAGCUGCAGCCCUGCACUGCCUACGUACCCGUCUAUCCCAUGUCAUCGGGUCAGCCCUACAUGCCACCUGGAGGAACUCAUCCAGGGAUCCCCCCAGGCCAGAUUCACCCCAUGCAAAUGCCCCCCAGCAUCACUCUGAUGGACCGCCGACCGCCACAUGACUACCUGCCCAUCGCCGUGCUCACCACCGUCUGCUGUUUCUGGCCCACGGGCAUCAUUGCCAUCAUCAAAGCAGUGCAGGUGCGCACAGCGAUAGCCAGAGGGGACAUGGUGACGGCGGAAAUAGCCUCCCGGGAGGCUCGCAACUUCUCCUUCAUCAGCCUGGCCGUUGGCAUCGCCUCCAUCGUGCUGUGCACCAUCCUCACCGUGGUAGUCAUCAUAGCUUCGCAGCAUCACGACGACGAAUGGGAACCAUAACUGAUCCGAAUCUUCUAGAUUGUCCAGCUCUCAAUUGUUUGGUGGAGGGAAUAUUUUAAACCAAACCAGCCUCCAUCAAACGCCCACUAGUGACCAAAAAUAACUGAACACGGUUGAGGUUUAAGCAUAAAACACCAAGCAGUUUGGUGUUUACAGUUAAGUAAGAAAAUAUUCCUGACAUUAUUAAUUCAUCUGGCUCUUAUUAGUUCAUACAGCCUUCACCGAUGUGUUCAGAUGAAAAGAUAAGCCACUUUUAGAUAUUUUAAAGAUAAAAUUUACUAAAUGAACCCUCAUUAAACGCCAUAGUCUAAAUGGGUUUAUUAAAUGCACUUUUUAGUCCCACAAGUACAAAACAGAUCUGUUUUUGUUCCUAGAAACUGAAGCCGUGCCAUGUGUAAACAGCGUAGAUUUACCGGAUGGUGUCUGUGCUACGUAAGGAGCUGAACUGUGUUCAGUGGGGUGAUCGAUAAACAGUAUGUUUAAAACAUACCAAAUAGAGACAGUCAGGUGAGUGUCUGUUAUCAGCAAAGUGAGUAUUUAUUUUAGAUUUAAUGUAUUACAUGCACAUCAGCCGCUUUCAACUUAUUUAUAU